AUGAUGAAGCCUUUCAGGAUGCCGAGCCGCGUUCCAUCGACAGGUGCACCAGCUACAGUAUCUGCAGGACCACCACCGGCAAAGAAACGUCGGAUCAGUCACGACGACGAGGACGCGGCAGAAGUGAAUGCAGAGGUCACAGCUGCAGCUGCGAAUGUGCUUAAGAAGCCUCCUCCACCACUAUCAGCAAGGAAAUUUGUACCGCUACAGCCACGGAAGCCACUACAUCCUUUGAGCUCCAGUGGAUCGACCGGCUCUUCUCAAGGCGAGAAGAGAGCAGAGGACGACAAGCAAUGCAUCUACUACAAUUGCGUUUGGCGGAAACCUACGGGCAAGAAGCACAAGACCUGGGACAGCGAUGGCAUUGUCACUGUUCGAGGAAGCCACGUGAAGUUGCAGAACAUUGAUGGCAAGUCGAUGGGCGAAGGCGUGUGCAAGGGCCCGCUUAUGGUUGGGUCUGAAGCGUUUGUGGGUGGGAAGGAGGUUGAGCUGGGAGACAUGAUCUCGAAAGAAGACUACAUGGCAGGCCGACCCUUCCUUGGUAAGACCAAGAGUGCCCCGCCGCCAUCUCUGCAGGAGAUCAACGGCACAAAGAAAGUUACCAAAAAGGAGCAAGAGAAACACACCAAGAUCGCCGCUACGCAGAAGGACCAGGUCGCGCCCAAGGUCCAGAGCAGCGCUGCCGCCAACGGCGCUUUCAAGGCUCACAAGAGCCAAGACUACCAGUCCGCCAACAUUAACCUUGAAGUGCCUGUGCCACGCUUCAAUGCUGACGCCGAGAACGCUCUGGUCAUGAGGAGACCGGACAGCGUGCCUAAGGGCAAACAAAGUGUGGAUGUUGUGGUUGAUCCGAUCUUGUCCUCGAAGCUACGCAAGCACCAACGAGAGGGCGUGGCAUUCUUAUAUGAAUGUGUCAUGGGCAUGAAAGACUACGGUGGAGAAGGUGCAAUCCUGGCCGAUGAGAUGGGACUUGGGAAGACUUUGCAGACUAUCGCACUGGUGUGGACACUACUCAAGCAAACCCCCAUAUGGAAAGGCCUACCUGUCGUUUCGAAGACUUUGAUAGUCUGCCCUGUGACCCUGAUGAGGAAUUGGCAGAAGGAGUUCCGCAAAUGGUUGGGAGACUAUCGAUGCGGAGUCUUUGUCGCUGGCGACGGCGAAACGAGCCUGGCACCCUUCACUCAGAAAGGGAGUUCAUACCCUGUCAUGAUCAUCGGCUACGAGAAGCUCACCAAGGUCAAGGACCAGCUGAAGAAAGCCAACAUCGAUUUGAUCAUCUGCGACGAGGGUCAUCGACUGAAGACGGCGAAGAACAAAGCUGCUGCAGCGAUCAAGGAGCUGGGAACUCAGCGACGUAUCAUUUUGAGCGGCACCCCUAUCCAGAAUGACCUCGAGGAGUUCUUUCAGAUGGUCGACUUUGUGAAUCCUAGUAUCAUGAGCAAGUACUCAACCUUCAAGCGGGAAUUUGAGACGCCCAUAUUGAAGAUGCGGCAGCCUGAAGCCUCCACCCACGACAUUGAGAAGGGACAGGCACGAAGCGAGGAACUUGCUAGUCGAACUGGCAUGUUCAUCCUGCGACGCACAAGCGAAAUCUUGUCGCAGUAUCUACCGCCCAAGACCGAGUAUGUUGUGCUUUGCCGACCGACGAAAGUGCAAGCAGGUAUAUACCGUACGAUGGUUGGUACUCAGGCAUUCAUCGCCGCGAUGAACACCCCGACUGCUGUUCUGGAGCUCAUCAAUGUGUUGAAGAAGGUCUGCAAUUGCCCCAAGUUGCUGUUGACGAAAGAUCAAAAGGAAGAGGUCACGAAGCCAGAGCUUCUGGAGGGCAUACCACCUCGGCUGUUGAAGUCGCCUGCUGCGAGUGGAAAGUUGCAGGUAUUAGACGAAUUGUUACACCAGAUCCACUCGACGACGGAGGAGAAGGUCGUGCUCGUCAGCAACUACACGUCCACCCUCGACAUCCUUGGUAAUCUCCUAGACUCCAUGAGCUACAAGUACAUCCGUCUCGAUGGCACCACAGCACAGAACAAGCGACAAGAUCUUGUCGACCGGUUCAACCGAUCUCCGAGGAGCAAUUCCUUUGUCUUCUUGCUAUCAGCCAAAGCAGGCGGUGUCGGUCUCAACCUGAUUGGUGCAUCUCGACUCGUCAUGUUCGAUCUGGACUGGAAUCCCUCUACGGACGUUCAAGCAAUGGCACGAAUACAUCGAGAUGGCCAGACACGCCCGUGUCACAUAUAUCGACUUCUCACCCAAGGCGCGCUCGACGAGAAGAUCUUCCAGCGACAGGUCAGCAAGACCGGGCUUGCGGACGCUAUCGUCGAUGGCAAGUCAGCUGCCAGUGGUUUCACACAAGCCGAACUCCGAGACCUCUUCACACUAGACGAAGGACAAGAUUGUCAGACACAUAGACUGCUCGGUUGCGAAUGUGGUGGCAACGGCUUACCUAAUCGUGGGCCCGAUGUCGAUGAAGAGAAUGCUGAAGACACGAGCCGCAACGAUCUGUCUGCACUAGCCGACGAUGACAGCCCUAAAGUCCUACGCUUGGACGAUAGCGAUGAUGAUGAUGUCGUUGUUUUCAAAUCUCAAAAGAUCACGUCAACCGCGGCCGACAUGCUCAAAGAUCCUGCAUCGGCCGGCUAUGGACCUGAUGGCAGCAGUCCUGCAGCAACGAAGGGGAAGAUGUUGAGCUUGAUGCAGUACAAGCACUUUGACACAGCAAUUGUUGAGCAGAAGACGGGACUCGGAGCUGGACCGAUGGGCUCUGGCGAGGAUGACGACGAGGUAGAUCUGUCUGCCUUGGGCAUCGCUGAAGCUGCAGUAGAAGAUGAUGCUCUGCGCAAGGUGAUCUGUGAUGGUAGUCGACGAGUCGGCUUUGUCUUUACGAAGCUCAGUAGCUCGUGA